AUGGUCUAGUGAGUUACAAAUUUCACAGUACUAUAUCAACCCGUGAAAAGCACAGCUGAUUGGAUUCGCAGGACCUCUAUAGCACCAUCAUCGUGCACCUCAAAGCCAAGGAUCUGGACAGUGCGGAGAAGAUCGCCCGGAAGCUCGUUGACGCCGCGACCGUCUAUCGCAAAGGUACAUAGGGGGGUGUGAGACCUCUACUAAUGUGCUUUCUACGGGACUGACCAAACUGACUUUGCUUUACUGACUCCAGACAAGGAACAGCUGUGAGUGGGAGCUUCGCAGAUCGACCUGCUCAACCUGGGUCCAGCAUCUACGCGGUUUCACUGAUGCCUUGCGAUCGUGCUCUAUGGACCUCGUCACAAUUGUUCACAGAGGAUGGUUGGUUCACCGGUACGUAUGCACGCUCCACUAGCUCUGUGGAGACUCAGCCUCUUGAGCUCUGCCAAAGCUAACCCCGCUGCUCCAUGCCCAUCUACAUCCUCCGGGCUCGCACACGUCGAUUGGCUCUGCGGCCCAUCCUCCCGUUCAUAUACUGCCCGAAUACACUUUAUAUUCCACAGCGAUCCCAAGGACCCUUUGAAAUUUGCUAUCGUUGAGCGAUUUGUCAACGAGGCAUCUCAAAAAUACCACCUCGAGGUCCGUGCCAUCGUCAAAUUUUUCCAACGGAUCUCGGUCUUCGACCACUUCGGCCCAUGUUUGUGACUGAGCUGCCGUUCUGACAACUCACUGAGAGUUAUGAUAUCACUGCACAGAACCCUUACUGGCUCACGUUCAACCCUUACGUGAUCCCUUUGUUGGAUGGCCCGAUGGAUCUGACGCGGUGGGAGGAGCUGCCCGUGCCCGAACCGAACCAAGAUUCGUUCGAGGCGGGGCAAAAGGCCCGUUAA